UCUUCCUUCACCCACGACGUCGAGAACAUCCUCCCUCCAACCAACCUCAGCCAUGAGCACUACGAAAGGAGUCACCUGGACAUGCGACGAGAACGACGAGGACUGCCGCCUCAUGGUCAUCUCUCCUGGCAUGGUCGACCAGAAAGCGGAUGUCUACCGGGAUGAGCGCGGCCACUGCUACUCCCAGCUUCCCGACUACCACGGCCUCUGCUACGUCACCACGUAUUCGAAUAUAUACGAGUCGUGCAAGGCCCGACUGAGAGAUCGCAAGACCGGGGAGAAACUCUUCUAUGGCGAUCAAUGCUUCACUAUAUACAAGUGGCUCGAGCGCCUGGAGGCAGCUACCGGGAUCUCACGGAACAACGGCCUGUACGAAUGCGAGCGCAGGGACGGGAUGCCUAUCCUCAUGCUUGUCAUUGCCUGCUCCGACAAAGUGGACACCCUCCCUCACCCAAAGAAACGCAUCCAAGCGUUCAAGGAUUUCCUGCGCACGAAGAAGGAGCCGAUGGUGAAACAGAUUAGGCAACCCAGGAUGUACAGUGGUUGAGGUUAUCAUGGAUCGUAGUAUAGAAAAAUCCGCCGCUAUGCUUUUUGCUUGCUAUCCCGUCAUUAUACCAUCUCUGUUGCUUGUUGUCUAUGCUCUGCUGUGAAUACCAGUGUAUCGCUGCUGACCUC